CAAUGAAAUCAUCAAACACAUGAAGACAUCAAGGAGCCUCCACAUCAUGUGCCACAUGCCAGUCUUCUGUUGGAUAUCAGCCACUGUCCUUGAGAUUAUGCUGAAAGAGGCAGAGAAGGAUGAAGUCCCCAAAACUCUGACCCAGAUGUUCACACACUUCACGCUCAUCCAAAUCAUUGUGAAGAACAAGAAGUACAACAAAGCCACAGAGACAAACCCAAAGGAACUGUCUCAGUCAGACAAAGAGAUGAUCCUGAAACUGGCAAAGCUGGCUUUCCAACAGCUGCAGAAGGGCAACCUGAUCUUCUAUGAGGAGGACCUGAGAGAGUGUGGCCUUGAUGUCACAGAGGCAUCAGAGUACUCAGCAUUGUGUACAGAGAUCUUUAAAGAAGAAUCUGGGCUGUACCAAGACAAGGUCUACAGCUUUGUGCAUCUGAGCAUUCAGGAGUUUCUAGCAGCAGUGCAUGCUUUAGAAUCAUGUCUGGACAAGAAGGAAAAUGUUUUCCCCCCCAAAGCAGUCACUAGUGAUAGUGAUGAUGAUUCCUCUGACGAUGACUCUGAUGAAGCAGCCACUCCAACCCUACUCCAAAAUGUCAUCACACAACAGGACAGAGACAUGAAGUCAGACCCGUUGUAUGACUUACACAGGAGAGCAGUGGACCAGGCCUUGAAGAGUGAGAAUGGACACCUGGACCUGUUCCUCCGCUUCCUUCUGGGUCUCUCACUGGAGUCCAAUCAGAAUCUGUUACGAGGCCUUCUGACACAGACAGGAAGUACAACACAGAGCAAUGAGGAAACAGUUGAGAGAACAGUCAGGUACAUUUCAGACAAGAUCAAAAGGGAAUCCUCACCAGAAAGGAUCAUCAACUUGUUCCACUGUCUGAAUGAACUUGGUGCCAACUCUCUAGUUGAAGACAUGCAAACCUCCCUGCGAUCAGGAACUCUUUCAGAAACAAGACUAAAACGUGACCAAUGUUCAGCCCUGGCCUACCUGUUACUGAUGUCAGAGGAGGUGCUGGAGGAGUUUGACCUGAAGACAUACACCACAUCAGAGGAAGGUUAUCAGAGGUUGCUGCCGGUAGUGAAAACCUGCAAGAGAGCACUACUGGAUCGCUGUGACCUCACAUAUACAUACUGUGAGACUCUGGCUUCAGCUCUGCAGACACCAAACUCCCCCCUGAGAGAACUGGACCUCCGCUACAAUUACCUGGAAGACAGUGGAGUGGAGCUGCUCUGUGUUGGACUAACCAGUCCACUCUGCAACAUACAGUGCAACAUACAGACACUAGUUCUAGGUCAGUGUGGUCUGACAGAGGGUUGCUGUUCAGAUCUGGCCUCAGUCCUGAGUUCACCCAACUCACAACUGAAACAACUGGAGCUGAGAGACAAUGACCUGCAGGACUCAGGAGUUACACUGCUGUCUGCUGGACUGGAGGAUCCAGACUGUAAACUACACACACUGGGGCUGUCUGGCUGUCUGGUCACAGAGGAGGGCUGUGCUGCUCUGUCUUCAGCUCUGAGGUCAAACCCCUCCCACCUGAAAGAGCUGGACCUGAGCUACAAUCACCCAGGAGACUCUGCAGGGGGACUGCUUUCAGCUGCUCUGGUGGAUCCCACAGAUAAACUGAUGAAGCUGAAUGUGGAUCAUGGUGGAGAGUUCAGGCUGAAAUCAGGGCUGAGGAAAUAUGCCUGUCAUCUCACCCUGGACCCAAAUACAGCAAACCCAAACCUGAUACUGUCUGAGGGGAACAGAAGGUGACACGGGUGGAGGAGAACCAGCAUUAUGAAGACCAUCCAGACAGAUUUGACUGUAAUCCCCAAGUUCUCUGCAGAGAAGGCUUAUCUGGAUCUCGUUAUUACUGGGAGGUGGAGAGGGAUGGUGGCGGGGCUGACAUUGGUGUGGUGUACAAAGGACAGAAGAGGAAGGGAGAGGAGGACAGUUGGAUUGGAGCCAAUAGGAAGUCCUGGUGUUUAUUCUGCAUUGACAGUGGAUAUCACUUUUACCAUCCUGGAGUCAACAGAUCCAUCCCUGGUCCUGUUUCUAACAGAGUUGGAGUGUAUCUGGACUGGCCAGCUGGUACUUUGUCCUUCUAUAGUGUGUCCUCCUCUGGUACACUGACACACCUUUACACAGGACACACCACAUUCACUGAACCCAUCUAUCCUGGGUUUGGGGUUUAUUCCUCCUCCUCCUCAGUGACCCUGUGUCAGAUAGAUGACCAACACAUUCAAAGCAGAGACCAUGGUGGAGAGUGUUGUAUCAAGCCUGGAC